UCAUUCUCAUCUGUUUCCUCAGCAUCCGACGCUUCUCGACUCCCAAUUCCAAACGCCACCGCGCUCCCUUUCGUCAACCCCGCCCCCGCCGCCAUGGAUGAGGAGUACGACGUGAUCGUGCUGGGCACGGGCCUCAAGGAGUGCAUCCUCAGCGGCCUCCUCUCCGUCGAUGGCCUCAAGGUGCUGCACAUGGACAGAAACGACUACUAUGGAGGAGACUCCACCUCGCUCAACCUUAACCAGCUGUGGAAGAGGUUUAGAGGGGAAGACAAACCCCCGGCUCAUCUUGGCGCAAGCAGAGAUUACAAUGUGGAUAUGGUCCCAAAGUUUAUGAUGGCAAAUGGGACAUUGGUUAGGACCCUCAUCCACACUGAUGUGACAAAAUAUUUGUCAUUCAAAGCUGUUGAUGGGAGCUAUGUCUUCAGCAAAGGGAAGAUUCACAAGGUUCCUGCUACUGACAUGGAGGCUCUUAAAUCCCCCUUGAUGGGUCUUUUUGAGAAACGUAGAGCAAGGAAUUUCUUCAUUUAUGUGCAAGAUUACAAUGAAGCUGAUCCAAAAACACAUCAAGGGUUGGAUCUUACUACAAUGACAACGAGAGAGCUGAUAGCAAAGUAUGGUUUAAGCGAUGAUACCGUGGAUUUCAUCGGCCAUGCGCUUGCUCUUCAUAGAGAUGACCGCUACCUUAAUGAACCAGCAAUUGAUACUGUAAAUAGGAUGAAACUAUAUGCAGAGUCCCUUGCACGCUUUCAAGGAGGUUCACCUUAUAUUUAUCCACUGUAUGGGCUGGGUGAGCUGCCACAGGGUUUUGCUCGUUUAAGUGCUGUUUAUGGUGGCACUUACAUGCUAAAUAAGCCAGAUUGCAAGGUUGAAUUUGAUAUGGAAGGGAAAGUCUGCGGCGUUACCUCAGAAGGUGAAACUGCAAAAUGCAAGAAAGUUGUCUGUGACCCUUCAUACUUGCCAAACAAGGUUAGGAAGAUAGGGAGAGUUGUACGCGCAAUUGCUAUUAUGAGCCACCCGAUUGGAAACACAAAUGACUCUCACUCAGUCCAGAUUAUUUUGCCACAGAAACAACUUGGCCGCAAAUCAGACAUGUAUGUCUUCGGAUGCUCAUACACACACAAUGUUGCUCCAAAAGGGAAAUUUAUUGCAUUUGUAUCUGCAGAAGCAGAGACUGACAAUCCGGAGUCUGAGCUAAAACCUGGAAUUGAUCUACUUGGUCCAGUAGAUGAGCUAUUUUUUGACAUUUAUGAUAGAUAUGAACCCGUGAAUGAACCAUCUCUUGAUAAUUGUUUUGUCUCAACUAGCUACGAUGCCACCACACAUUUUGAGACAACAGUGACGGACGUUCUUAACAUGUAUACAUUGAUCACCGGGAAGACCGUUGAUCUCAGUGUUGAUCUGAGUGCUGCCAGUGCUGCUGAAGAAUACUAGGUUUGAUAACCAAAGUUCACUCAUUCACAAAGAUAUGCUUUGCCUUGGCGGGCACCACAGGACGUACCGCAAUGAAUGUCUGGUAUAAAUAUUCAAACACCAGACUUCAGUUUCCUGGCCAGUAGUCUAUAGCAAGUUUGUCGCUGGCAGUAAUAUGCGGAACUGUCGGUUCAAGAUGACUGAAUGUUGGUGCUUUUACUUGCUACUUCAGUAAUGAUUGAAUGGUGUAAACAGUGCAGACAGUGACAGUGCGGCGUUUUGUGACUGAUGAUGUAUCCUAACUGCUCGGUUGUUUUGCAUGUCUAUUUCUACAAUGUUGGCCAGUUAUCUUGCA